CUUUCAACAUGCAGAAAAAGUCUCUUUUCAGCUGCUGACAAAUGCUCCUUUGGAGACUAUCAUUAAUCAAAUUAUUAUUGACUGGUAUUUUCACUUGAGGCAAAAGUUUAUUCAGACACACCUCAAAUUCCAUGCAGACCAGAUGUUCCUUUUCCAGCCAGUGACACGAUAAUAAUAGCUCUGGGGAGAAAUGAGCUCAAACUCUGCUUCCCUUAUAAUGCCAGCCCAAGGCAUGCCCCGACCAUGCCAGAAAGCAGAUUUCUUCAGCUCUCUCCAUUGUGCUGGCAAAAGUCUGGUGAGUGAUAUUGGAUGGCCUUCAUCGCAGAGACAGAGAGGAGGAAACUGGGACUAACCUAGGAGCAUAGAGCUAGUAAGCUAGGGUGAAAGGGAACCAUUGGAGUUGAUUAAAUACCUGGGGAGACAAGACUGGACCUAUGCAUUAGAAAAAUCACUUCAGCAGCUAAAUGAAAAAUGAAUUGGAAAAGAGACUUGAGGAGAGUAGACCCAUCAGCUGUGAGAUAUUGCUCUACACCUAAUAUCUACAAGACUACUUUUACUUUUGAAAACUGUUCUUAUCAAAUUGUCAUUUUCUAUAUCACAGGAAAACUCUAUAAGAUUCCCAAGGAAUGAACUCUCCAAAAGAAGACCUUGAGACUCUCUACUUGUCACUGAUUUUCUUUGGCAUCCUGGGGAACAUGUUCCUUCUUUGCCUACACAUCUUUAAAUUUAUCACUGGUCACAGGAAAAGACACAUAAGCUUGAUAAUCACAAAUAUGGCUUUUGCCCAUGUUUUGAUGAUUUUUUUCAGGGGUAUUCCCCAAAUUAUAUCCAAAUGGGGAUGGAGAUUUUUGCUAAAUGAAAUGAUGAGCAAAUUCAUUACUUAUCUCACAAGAAUGACCCGAGGUGUUUCUCUUUGCAACACCUGCCUCCUGAGUGUUUUCCAAGCACUCACCAUCAGUCCUAACAGUCUUAAGAUAAAAACUAGAGCCCAGAAUUUUAUUCUUCUCUGCUGUAUCCUAAGCUGGGUUUUCAAUCUUCUUCUUGAUAUAACUUUGCCUCUGAGUAUAAAUAAUUCAAGGAACAGCAUUAAAGAAAGAUGGAGGAUUGGGCAUGUUUCUUUUGACUUAAAUGUCAUAAGUAUUAUAAAAAUUUUAAUAUGGAAGUCAGUUGUUGAUGCUCUACUUGUGGUUCUCAUGCUCUGUUCCAGUGGCUAUAUGGUGUUUGUCCUGUACAGACACAAUCAGAAAGUCCAACACAUUCACAUCAUCAGCCUCUACCCCAGGGCCUCACCUGAGAUCAGAGCAAGCAAAAUAAUCCUGAUGCUGGUGAUCACCUUUGUCUGCUUUAACUCUGCAAGUUCCCCUUUUGUAAUUUAUGUCACUUCUGAUAGACUAACCAGACCCUGGGUACUACACUUCACUGUCACACUUUCUUUGUUUUAUCCAAUAGUCAGCCCUUUUAUGCUGCUCAGCAUUGACACCAGAUGCCCAGGUCUUUUACGACACUUUUAGGUUUAAAGAGGUCCUUUUAAGAAGGACUUUCUGAGUAAGAAGAAUUAUUAGGGGAAAUGUAAAGAAUUAGGAAUAUAGUAGGAUUAGAUCAACAAUUUUUAAAAUAUCAUUAAAUUGGUUUUAAAAAUUAGUAACUUGAAUAUAAAAGCUCAGAUCAUGAAAAAAUCGAGGACAAUAGGAAGAGAGACUAUUCACAACUGUUGGUAAAUGUUGAAAAAAGAUGGAAAGAAUUGAUCAUAAAAACAAAA